GGGCCCGGGCGGCAGCAGAGCGCGGCGCGCAGGCGCCUGGCGGCCAAUGCGCGCGAGCGACGCCGCAUGCAGGGGCUCAACUCGGCGUUCGACCGGCUGCGCAGGGUGGUGCCCCAGUGGGGCCAGGACAAGAAGCUGUCCAAGUACGAGACGCUGCAGAUGGCGCUGAGCUACAUCGUGGCCUUGACCCGCAUCCUGGCCGAGGCCGAGCGCUUCGGCUCGGAGCGGGACUGGGUCGGCCUGCACUGCGAGCAGCUCGGCCGCGACCCCUACCUGCCCUUCGCGGGCGCCGAGCUGCCGGCCGAGGGCGAGCCCUGCGGCCCCAGGCUCUUCGGCUUCCAGCCCGAGCCCUUCCAGAUGCCCAGCUAGGGCGCCGGGCCGGGGGAGCCGGGAGACACCGCGGGACUGUGGAUGCGGCAGUGUGGUGGCUUUCCUUUCUCUUCCCGUUCUGUUUUGUAGAGGUCACCAAUGAGCCCCGUGAGUGACUUUGGUGCUUGUUAGAACGUUUUCUGGACUACUUUGAAGGAAAACAAUCGUCAGGGAAAAAUAAUUUUAGGUUCUUAAGCAGUUACAGUUCUCAGAGAGAGAAUCCCCUUCUCAAGCUUUGUCCUGUUCCGGUAGCGUUAUCUUAGGCACCGCUGUGGAUGCUCGAAAGAGACGCCUUCCUGUUGCUGAAAUGCAUGUGUCCUCGCGUCUUGCGUGUGCAUGCACAGGCUGCUUUUUCCGGGCACACACGGGCAUAGGUGCUCUGUGUUUUUGAAACGGUGUACAAGUUAUUAAAAUACAGAUUUUGUAAAAUAUAAUCAACGCGGCUUUGUUUUUCAUGCCAAAUACCUGCCCAUGAAGGCCGAAGAUUCGGAAUGCUUUAAUUUCACCUAUCAGCAAGUUGCUGCUGUGCAAUAAUCAAAAUGAGCACAAGUACUUGAUUUGAAAGUUUUCUUUUCCAGGUUGAAAAUGUAUAUUUUGGUAGCUAAGAACAUGUAAAAUUCCAAAUAGUUUUUAAAUAACAAGAAAUAAGAGUUCCUCAGUGUUUUAUGUUCCUCACUAAACCAACUAUUAAAUUCAAGUAUCCAUGUAUAUAGCAGUCAUGUAUGUAAUGCAGAUACAUGCAUACAUAUAUUUACA